UGACAUACUAGGGACAUGUUCCUUGAUUAUAGCACUUGAUGUUUUCUUAUUUUAAAGCAGCACACGUUGAAUUGGUUGAGUUUAUGUUACUUAAAACUCUUCUUAAAUGUAACAUUUUUUUUUAUGGAAAACUGAUAACGUCAAAACGUAAUUUCCGCACACAGUUGGUCGACGAGGUGUGAAUACCUCUUCGGUGGAUUAUUUAGAGCAGCAUCAUGUGCCUAUCUCAGUUCAGACAGUGAACUCUGCGGAACACAGUCGGCCUCCAGUCUACCAUCACCUGCUGCCUCCACAAACAUGAUUUUCUUUGCUCUUUCUGUUUUCACCCUGGGUCUGGUCACUGCUGAACCCAACGGCUCCAUGAACACAACUUGGGCUACUACCGACACAUCCGAUGUUACCCAGGGAACCAAGGCCACGGCUGACAACACCACCAAUGACACCACUUUCCGCAUGUCCGAACGCGAACAGACCACUGGAGGCGGAGCCAUUAAUGCACCGUCGGCGCAGUCAGCCAACCCUAAUCCCAAUGAAACCCCUAAACCCAAUACCACCCCUAAUCCCGAGACCACCUCAAGUACCACCUCUGCUCCCAUCCUGAAGGAAGCCACUACGACCAUAGCAAAACACACUAAAGAUGUUGUCCAAAAGACUACUACUGCUGGGUCACAUGAGAGCGGAGUUGACGCCAUUGGCAUAACAAUCAUCUGUGUGGUUCUGCUGAUUUGCCUGCUGAUCGCUGUGGGCUGCUUCGUCAAGCGCAACUAUCAAAGCAGGUACUCCGUGGACCUCAGGACGGAAGCUGCUAGUGUUCCUCUCAGUGUGGUCGUGGAUCACACUGAGCCAGGCGACAGUACGGUGUACACCGGGAUGCAGACCUCGGACAACGGGCAGGUGGAUUCAAAGAAGUCACAAGACUCUCAAAACAAUGAAGUUCCCAAGCCAAAGGACUCUGGACCGGCUGAAGACCCCAAGCCAAAGGAGUCUGGAGUCGCUGAAGACCCCCAGCCGAAGGACUCUGGAGUCACUGAAGUUCCGCAGCCAAUGACAGAGCAGAAGGACCAAGCGGAACAGGCACGCCUGGUUGAGGCCGGGGCCACCGGCCAGCCUGCAUCGCCCGGCCCGGCCGAGGCCGGAGCGCUAGAGGGCGCCACGGACGACGAGGGCAUCUCCUCUGCAGAGUCCCUGAAGGAACCCACUGAAGGCGCGGGGAGCAGCGCUCAGACAGAGGCAUCGGCGACAGACGCGCUCAUUGAAAAUUGAAGAAAAUCCUUGAAUUCAUUGAUGCAUCGGAUAAAGGCGACUCUUUUUGUCCGCAUUUCAGGAAUAUGUAUCAUUUGAUACAGGCUUUUAGAGGAUUCAAACCAGCUUAGCUAUUUGUAUUUGAACUGUAAAAAUAUAUUUUUACAUAUUAUGGUUAAGGAUUAAUUUACUUACCUGUUAUGUUCCUAAAGUGGGUUUGAAUUUGUAAAUAUGACCUUAACAGUUAAAAAUCCAUCAGAUGGCUUUGAAUUUUUGUUAACUUUUUGUUUGCACCUUCUUGCACAACACAAUACGUUAAUAUAUAGAUGUAUUUGAUACAGACAGAGAAUGUAUAUUUUUAUUCUAUAAAUGUCAUAAUUGUUUAAAUAUGACGCAUACGUUGUUGCACAGUAACCAGAAUUAUCCAUCCACACAUAAAUAUGUUGGAUGGAUAUUUGCUAACUUAAUCCUCUGCAUAUUCCCCCUUUUAUGUUUAUUUUUGUCGUGUGUGUCGUUUGGCAUCAGUACUGGACAUUGCAAGCUAUUAAAUAAAUCUGAUGCAAUUGGAAAAAGGAAUGAUUAAAUGUGCUCAAUGUGAAAUAUAAUGGGCCAGAGACUUCACAGAUCGCUAAUUUCUAGCAAUAAGCAAUUUGUUCUGAUAUCUGAUAUCAAACAUCAAUAAAAUAUUUUUUCCUCA